AUGCCGCCCAAGUUCGACCCCAAUGAGAUCAAGAUCGUCUACCUCCGUUGCGUUGGAGGCGAAGUUGGUGCCACCUCAGCCCUCGCCCCGAAGGUCGGACCUCUCGGUCUGUCCCCGAAAAAGGUCGGAGACGAUAUCGCCAAGGCCACACAAGACUGGAAGGGCCUGAAGGUCACUUGCAAGCUCACCAUCCAGAACAGGCAAGCCAAGAUCGACGUCGUUCCAUCGGCCGCGUCACUGAUCAUCAAGGAGCUUAAAGAGCCAGCUCGUGAUCGCAAGAAGGUCAAGAAUGUCAAGCACUCCGGUGAUCUGACGAUCGACACGAUCAUCAAGAUCGCUCGCAUCAUGCGCCCCCGAUCCAUGGCCAAGAAGCUUGAAGGAACCGUGAAGGAAAUCUUGGGAACCGCUCAAUCCGUCGGAUGCACCAUCGAUGAAGAAGAAUCCGACGAUGAUGAUGAUGAGGAAGAGUCGGAGGAAUCUGAGGAAGAUUCGGACAUUGCGGAGGAGGAGCUGGCCAAAGGACGUGGAUUCAAGCCGGACACCCGACGUGUAAAGUACAAUAAGCGAAGA